GAUGAUUUGUGCGUAGGCCGGCAGCCAUGACACGUCCAAAGCUGUUCUCCACAGGGACUUCAACUCCCAGAAGCCUCAGCCACCUCAACCAAUUGCCAGGAAUUCUGAGAGCUGUAGUUCGAAGGCGGGGCCUGCGGAGAAGGGCGGGCCCUGGCUGUUGGCGGCAUGGAGCCGCGCGUGGGGCUCCUGGAGGAGAGGAUUCGGGCGCCCCUGGACCGCCUGGGGUUGGAAAGCUACUCAUUUAAGGUAGGAUGGUACAAUGCAGUCCUUCCUCCAGCUUUUCAUUUGCCAUACUCGGAGAACACACUGGCAUUUGUGGUAGUUAGUGUUCCCGCAAUGUUCGACAAAGCCUUCAAACCGUUCUUGAAGAAGCACAUGCUGAAAAAGAUUCAUGACCCAAUAGAUCAAUGUAUUUCUCAUCACCUCUUGCUGGUUCGAGAGAGCCUUGCUGACUACCAGGUGGACAUCAUGUAUGACUAUGAAAUGCUGCCCAAUCGGAAGCCAAAAUUCUUAGCCCAGACAGCAGCACAUAUAUCUGGUGCUGCUUACUAUUACCAGAGGAAAGAUGUGGAGCAGGAUCCUUGGGGAGAGAAGAAGAUCUUUGGUGUGUGCAUCCACCCCCGUUAUGGAGGUUGGUUUGCUAUCCGGGCUCUUCUGGUCUUUCCAGAUGUGGAGGUGCCUUUCUUGCUCCAGAAUGCUCCUAUUGAUUGUGUGAGAACAGAGAAAGAAAGAAUAGAACUUUUGGAGAAGUUCAAUUUCCACUGGCAGGACUGGAACUACCGGGACAUUAUUGAAGUGAAGGAAAAGUAUUCAGAAGAACAGAAAACCUAUUUUGCAACUCCUCCUGCUGAACGGUUGAAACUGCUGAAUCUGAGCAGAGGUUUGCAGAGAAACGGAGUAGCUGUCUUCCCUGCAAAAGAGGAAUGUAUAGCUUAAACUGCCAUUAUUAUGGAGACAGGGUUUGCUACUUUACUUGGUGAUUUAAACAGAAAUCUGGACUAUAUCUAAUAAGGAGUAAACCCUUCUUGAAGACAUUUUCAAAGAAACAAACCCUGGAUUGUGCUGCACCAUUAAUAUCCCUGAACACCUAUCUGUUCAAGAAUAGAAAUAUUGUCACAAUUGUUUUUAUCAUUAAUAUUAUUUAUGUCCAAAUGUAAUUUCCUAAAUAUAUUUGGGGACUUUGUUCCUUAAAUUAUAUUAUUGAUUAGUAAUUUAGGGGUGUUUUUAUUUGUGACACAUUGAUACUGAGUCUAAAUUAUUUUCUUUUUUCUAUAAGCUCAGGAGAGACUUUUUUUUUGGUAUAUUGCACAUUUGUCUAUCCAGUUAAGGAAAUGCUUUGGAGGAUGUUGUUCAGUUAUUCUCACAGUCUGUGUUAUUCCAGGUACUAUACUUUCUGUUAAUUCUCAGCUUACAUGGUAAAGCUUUGAAAUCCUUUCAUUUUGUUUCUAUGGUCCUUGCUUCCACUCUUGUUCCAAGCACUAGUGACAUUAUCUGACUCCUGUGAUGUAAUAUAGCCAAUGAGUCUAUAAACAGAGUAGACAUGAAGGAAGCAAAGUGAUCUAUCUCUUUUCAUUGCGAUUCCUGUCCGGCACAAGGCACUUUGUAAAAGGAAGGCAUCACUAGGAAUAAUACAACAGGAAUUCAGGUGGAAACUACCGUGUUUCCCCGAAAAUAAGACAGUGUCUUAUAUUAAUUUUUGCACCCAAAGAUGCGCUAGGUCUUAUUUUCAGGGGAUGUCUUAUUUUUCCAUGAAGAAGUAUUCACAUUUAUUGUUAAACAAAAAAAUGAACAUUUAUUAUAUACUGUACAGUAGUUGUCAUCACAAACCAGCAUAACCAGACAAAUUGUGAAUCCUAUCAAAAAUUUCUUGUUACUACCAAUAUUUUCAUGUACAACACUCUAUGCUACGUACAUUUACCGAUCCUGUAUGCUCUGGUUUUCUGUUUGGCGGGCAUGCUUCCAAACAAAAACUUUGCUAGGUCUUACUUUCAGGGGAGGCCUUAUAUUUAGCAAUUCAGCAAAACCUCUACUAGGUCUUAUUUUCUGGGGAUGUCUUAUUUUAGGGGAAACAGGGUAGUAUAUUCGUGCCUAGAGCUAAAUCCUUUAGUGCUGACACAUAUGUAAGUUUAGUGCUAGGUAUUUUUAGACAUUAUUGACACAAGCCUGCCUUGCUGCUAACAAAUAGUAUGAAAAGGCAGAUUAUGGUAACAAUGACAAUAGAAGCGGUCAGCACCUAAAUUUUAGUCCUAAUGUCUAGGUUCUGUAAAACGAUUAGAAAAAUAAUCAAAUCCAUGUUUGUAAGUUUACAAUCUAAAUAUAUAAAGAAAAGCCAAUAAAAACAAGACAAUCAAGACUCUA